GGCGCGUUGAAAACCUUACCGGCCCUUCUCUUGUUCGCCCGCGGAACCUUUGAACCGAGUACUCGGGCCAACAGGGGAAGAGCACCGGCGGGGACUUGUCAGGACGAUUUGGAAAGAGGAAAGGAAGAGGAGGAGCGAGGAGCCAUGGCGGCUUUGGUUGCUGUUUGCGGUGGUCUAGGGAGGAAAAAGUUAACGCAUUUCGUCAAGGCUGCUCUCUGCCUCACAGAUCCUGGGACUCACGCGGUGCUGUGGAGAAGUUGUUCACAAUAUAAACAGGUAGCCAGCAAUGAGGACCUGCCCGUUCCAAUGGAAAAUCCUUAUAAGGAGCCUCUUAAAAAAUGUAUCUUGUGUGGAAAACGUGUAGAUUAUAAGAAUGUACAGGUCUUUGUGGGAAGAAACAGAAAGAAAUCACAAAAGCAAUUAAGAGAGCUCAAAUAAUGGGUAAGAGCACCUGAAAAACUGAAUUGGGCCAGUCAAAAGUUUGCUCAUUAUCUUUUGUGAAGCACUUUUCAUUAUCUUUUACAGGGUUUAUGCCAGUUACAUACAAGGAUCCUGCAUAUCUCAAAGACCCUAAAGUUUGUAACAUCAAGUAUCGGGAAUAAAUUAUAGGAGUCUUAACAUCCAUCAAUAAAUAUAUUUUACAAUAAAUGGUUGUAUGAUUCUAAUAUUGACUCAAAUUACAAGAUUUAAUAACCUUUGGGUAGAAAAUCGGCUCAAUCCUUUCAAACUGAAGUUUUAAGUUAGUUCUUAAUAAUUGAAAUCUUAAAGGAAAAAGUAAAGCUUCCUCUUCACUUUUAAAGAACAUGAGUUAUUUAAAAUGUUAAUACUCAUUAUUUUAUAUACAUACAAAUUUUUAAAAACUGGUACUGUAGGAUGGUCCCUAGUUAGCUCAUAAAACUCAUGGGGAUUUAAAAUACAGAAAGGAUG